AUGGCGGUAAAAACGCAUGCCUGGAUUACCUUUUGGUUUGUCCUCACUGCACCUGUCGUCCUCUGGGACGCGGGAUACUGUUUCAUGCGUCCACGAUCCAUGCUUGGGGGAGACCUCCACUGGAUCUGGAAACCGUACGAAAUUUACCAGAAUAUUGAUUAUGUUUAUGGUAUUAAAGCUCUAGAGGAGAAUAAUGGGUUCACAAACGCACAAUCUUUCCUCAAUAUCGUCGAGACAUUCAUGAGUCUCGCAUACGUGUACUUGGCACAUAUCUCGGGCUGGUCCCCUGCCCCCCUCAUCGGGUUUGUAACAGCGAGCAUGACGUUGUCUAAAACAGUUCUAUACUGGGCACAGGAGUACUAUUGCGGCUUCUGUGCCAUCGGACACAACACCGUGUCCGAUCUAAUCAUAUACUGGAUCAUACCCAACGGAUUAUGGAUCGUUGUCCCUAGUUUAAUUGUCGUGAGACUAGGGAAGGAUCUCGCUGCCUCGCUCCACGUUGCAGAGCGCGCUGCAACCAAGACUGCUUCUGGAAAGCAGAAAUGA